AUGUAUUUCUCAUUUCUUCAAUUUGCAUUCACAUUUUUAAUCUACCUUUAUACAGUUUUUGUUGUAUACCGAAACGGAUACUCUCGAAGUGUCCGCAAAUGGUUCAAAUUAAUGACAAACAAUUCUGGCACGAUUGUCAUUUUCACUGUUAUUGCUCUCAUUUUGAUGGGAGUCAAUUUUUCAAAAGCUUGUGACUCAACAGACUUGUUUUUAGGAACUACAUUCGAGAUUAUCAUCUUGAUAUUCGUACCGGUUCACUGGAGAGUUUUAGGGUAUUCGGCAUGGCUCAGUUGUGCGGCUGCAGUUUUAUCACUUGGUAAUUUUAUACUUGCUAUGGUGAUUGCUGAAAACGAAUGCAAUUAA